AUGGCAUACGAGGCUCGAGACUUCUUUCCAGACAAGAACAUCUGGGUCACGAAUGAGAUCAUUCACAACCCAUCAGUGAACAAAAACCUCUCUGACAAAGGGAUGAGCUUUGUGGAGACGACGAAAGAUGGCGGCAAGGACUACUCCGGGGUGCAGGAGGGCGAUGUCGUCAUUCUGCCGGCCUUUGGCGCGUCCGUCGAUGAGAUGGCGCUUCUGAAGGAGCGAAAGGUGCAGAUCGUCGACACAACUUGUCCCUGGGUGUCCAAGGUCUGGGCCUCGGUCGAGCGGAGCAAGGACAAGGACCACACUGCCAUCAUCCACGGCAAGUACGACCACGAGGAGACGGUGGCCACCAAGUCCUUUGCCUCGAAGUUCAUCGUGCUGAAGAACAUGACGGAAGCGGAGUAUGUUGCGGCCUACAUGCUGGGUGAGGGCAACAAGGAGGAGUUCAUGGCCAAGUUCAGCAACGCCAUGAGCCCGGGCUUCGACCCGGACGUGGACCUUGACCGGGUGGGUGUGGCCAACCAGACCACGAUGCUCAAGGGCGAAACCGAGCUGAUCGGCAAGCUCUUCGAGAGGACUCUCAUCAAGAAGUACGGGCCACAAGAGAUCAAUGAUCACUUCAUGUCAUUCAACACCAUCUGCGACGCCACGCAGGAGAGGCAGGAUGCCAUGUACAAGAUGUUCGGCGCCGAGUACGAGGCCCCAAAGUCCGACCUCUAUGCGGAGCUCGAGGGCGAACAGGUCGGCAUCUCCCUUUUGUCGAGCAAGGAGGCAGAGAAGCUCGAGUCCAGGAAGAUGGAGGCAGCUUCCAAGGGAGGCGGGGAGGUGUCGGAGGAGACGCCGACCAAGAUCGAUGUUUGUUUGGUGCUUGGUGGCUACAACUCGUCGAAUACAACCCACCUCCUCGAAAUUGCGGAAGAGGAGGGCGUGCCUGCGUAUCACAUCGACUGUGCUGAGCGCAUUGGCGUUGCUGGCGGAGAGGCCACCAACAAGAUCCAGCACAAGCCCCUGACCACGCUGCCUGCUCAAGCCAUGCUGGACGAGGGCCUGGAGAUCACGGAGAACUUCCUCCCAGAUGGCCCAGUCACAAUUGGCAUCACGUCCGGUGCGUCGACACCCGACAACAUUUUUGGAGACGUGCUGAAGCGAGUCCUGGCCAUUCGCGGUCUCGAUGCCUGA